AUGCCUAAAAUUCCCCCAACAAAAAAUCCGCACGAAGGAAUCAAAUAUCAUUCUGUGCGAAAAGGGUCGGAGCCGGGAUGUUACCAAUUACACAGGCCGUCCGAAUGUCGUCUCAAAUUUCCUAUAACAAAACGCUACAUCCACAAAUGCGAGCUGCCGAAACACGAAUAUACGAUGGUGCCUCAGAUUGGCGGUUGGCGAACUCUUUUAGUCCCAAAAACGGAACCCAAUUUCUAUCCGGCCGUCAUGAAUAAGAACGAAUUUGAGAGACUCAAGAAGCAAGCAAGGAUUGUUACUCAAGAUGAACAACUGGCAGCUAUGCACGCGCAAGAAGAAGCGAUACAGCAAGCUGCGCACGAGUCGGAGGAACGCAAGCGACUCCUCAAGGAGCAGUUACUGCCGCAGCCAGGGGCAGAGGUGGCCAGUGGAAGCGCCGAGGCGGCUGAGCUAGAAGGUCCCGAUCAAGCUGCGCAUACGCUGUCGCGAGCCGAACUUCUGAGGGCGGACAAUAUGCAAGGCCCCCGCCUUUGCAAUCGAAUUAUUCUGGCAUCCAAGUGCCACGCCAUACGUGAUGCUCAAAUUGGGGAGAGAGAGCUCAUCAAGAAGGAACUGGAAGAGGAGGAACGAAGAUUGGACGCAAUAAUGGAAGAGAACCGCAAAGCGGCGGUGGCUCGAGCGGAAUCUGAGGAAGAGAGGAGGCAUCAACUUCGACUGCAGAAUCUCGCCGCUUUGAAAGAACAGAUCAAAGCUCACGAAACUGCGAAGAUAAUGGAAGCUGAAAGAAUAGAGGAAGAGAGUAUCCGAGUGAACCAAGCGAACAUAGCGAUGCAGAUAGACGAAGCUCAGAAAUUGAAGGAGAAGCACGGGAGACAGGCCAAACUCAAGGAGAUCCUGGAUCAAGGAAAUGCGGAACUUUUAUACUACAAGCAAGUUCAAAAUGAGGAGGAGAGAAUAAUGAACCUCCGUAUCGCGAAUUUUUUGAAGCAGAAGCAAGAACGUGAAGCACGUAAUAGAGCCGAGCAGGAGGCCAUCAAGGCAGCUAAACAGAAAGGCAUCGAUCAUAUCGCUAAAGCUCAGAAAGCUGAACAAGAACUUAAAGAAGAAUUGGAGCGUAUCAGGAACCUAAAGAUCCAGGAGGAUGUAGAAAGAGAAUGCAGACGCAAAGAGAGGGAGGCUGCUAUCAAAAGGAACAGGGAGAUGCGUCGUCUGCACGAGGGUCGAGUACAGCAGAUAACAGACAUACACCGCCUCAUCGCUCGAGAGAUCGCCAAGGAUGAGCAGAGCUUCAACAACGCAGCCAGGCAGAACGAAGAGUUCAUCAGGAAAGAGAAAGAGUUGGAGGAUAAGCGCAAAGCUCGCAUUGAACAGCACAGACAGGAAAUAAUGAAGCAAAUCAACGACAAGGAACGAGCUAGAGCUGAUCUUAGAGAAAAGGUGCACAACGAAGGCGUCGCUCUUCGCAUGGAACAAGAACAACAAGACAAGUACGAGAGGAAAGUUAUAAAGCAUAAGGUCUCGGAAAUGAGAAACCAGAAAGUCUCCGAGAAGUAUGUCAAAGAGGUUGAACAGACUCUUGGAAAAUACGGAUAUUAA